UAAUUUUAUGGUGUUGAAGUUUAUCUGUCAAUUGUAAGUUGCCUGUCGUCAUUGACAGCAAUGCCUACUGAGCGGCAGAUUCAAGCGUUGAAUAUGUCUCCCAGAGGUAUAUCAGUUGAUGACAGUAGUGUUUCUUCCACUCCCCUCCUGGUAAAAGAUGUCAACACUUAUCCGAACCCGGCUACAGUUAGACAACCGUCUCAUUUUUCAAGAGUUAUCAAUCAGAACAAUCUAGAUUUCCCAGUAACAUGUACGUACGAAUUUAAUACAGGCCAUGGAGGUUUUCACUACAGCCAAGCACCGCUCGACAGCAGUACACUAUCCCGUAAAAGAUCGUUCAAUCAGAGUUAUAACCGCAAUAUUGCCGCUUGCCCGACGCCCCGAAAUUUAAAUUCUACAUACGACGAGUUAACGGUGGACAUUCCAAAUACGAAGCCUGAAACUAUUAUCAGCUCCUCAAUACCAUGUUCUCCACAUAGUUGGGCAAACUCGCAACAUGGCAAUCAAAGCCAUCAUGUGUUCAGCAUCGAUGACAUGGGCGCUCUAAGGGGUCCCAAUUCGUACAACUUUGGGAACAACGCUGGAGCGAAUGGGAUGGCACGCUCCGUUAGUUUCGGCGCUGACUCAUUCCCAGACCAACAGUAUUCAAUGUAUUCAAGUCCAGGCUAUCAUAACGUUCAAAACAAAAGAUCGAGUUUCCAAGGCACGCCCAACAAUACGAAUGCAUUAGGCUGUGAUGGUUUUUCGGAUAGUUCAGGCUUUUCGUCAAUGCACUGUCAAAGAGGUCAACGAUCCCCGGGAUCUGAUCGCCCAAUGCACAUGGAUCAGCUGAACACUAGUCAAUUUGGCAGUGAUGUUUCCAAUGUGGAGUCAGUUUUCAGCGACAUAGCUAGUUACAGUCAGUAUAGUGAAAACCAAAUGGACAUUGACUCCUUAAGAUCUCCUCGAGAUUCUUAUGGUGCUAAUGAAGAACUGCGCACUUCAUUUAGUAGCGGAAGUCAAUGCUCAGAAACGGUUCAAAGGAGUGAGCUGUUCGAUCUUCUUGGGACACCGAACACACAAAAACACACUGAGAGUCUCGAAGACCAGAGGCUGUUCUAUGUUGGUGGCGGUGAAAGUAUUGGGUUCAACAACUCGAGUAAUAAUGUAGUUCUAAGCAAUACUUGGAGUCACAUGGACUUGGCAUUGGGUCCUCAUCAGUCUAACUUGCCUGCUACAACAAAUGGAUAUCAAACAGGAGCGUUAAAUGCUCUUAAUUUGGACGGAAACUUCGAUGACGUAGAUUUUGAUUCUAUCUUGGAAGAUAUGAACACUUUUUCUUAUAGACCUCCAGUGCAAGCAGAAAUUGAGCAUGUCGAGCCAAAUAGUAUUUUACCAAGUAGUUGUUCGUCGGACCCUGUUGAUACAACAAAUCACGCUCAGAUUACCCCGUGCAAUAAUAAUAACUCAGCUACAAUGGCUCGAUCUUGUUCUUUAGAAAACAUUCUGGAAGACAUAAAUAAAACGGCAACAUGUAUCGGUGCAUCUCAAAACAGUCUGUUCGAUGUCCUGAAUUUGGACACAGUCACAGAAAUUCACGAAUCAAUGGUUACAAAUUGCAGUAAUACAAAUGAGCAAACGCCAAAACGGGGCCAAAAUUUCCAAAACUUCGCCUCACCACAUUGUAAUCAGAGCGUUCCCGGGCAUCAGGUGCAGAGGUCGCAUUCACAUACUGUCAUCCAGCCUCAUCAUUUCGAGUCACGGCAAAGUUGCAGACAAAGGUUUACACCUCACCAGCAUGCUGUUAACUAUACAAUCCCACCUCCUCAGACUCCUGAAAAUGUCAGCCAAACUAUCGAUGGAAGCCAUCGCAGUAGUAUUGAUCCGCGCGAGUUCUUUGGAAACUUCCCAAACUACUCUGGGGGUGACGUGAUUAGCAAGAGUCCUAAACACAAGCGCUGGAAACUGAGUGUAAUUGACCGCACAUCGAGGAGUCCGUCUUUGGAAGACAUACCUAUGGCGUUUAAUAUGCCGCAAAAACUCAACCCACCCUCAGUAUAUUCAGUCCCAUCCCCUUUGGCCAUGAAUACAGCUACUCCUGGCCUGUGUGCAGGUCCUCAAAAGCCAGCAAGUGCUAGUGGAUCGGUUUCGGGCAGGCGUUCAGUUCGCUCCAAAACUUUUUCAAACCCAAGAAUGAGGUCGGCAUCGAAUCCGAGCUCGGUUAUUGUUUUCUCAGACGACGAUGAAAUUAUCCAUGAGAGUUCGAUUGGUGGCAUGUAUGUAUCUGGUGGCAGCGCUGCAAAUAGAAGGUGCAAUUCAGACGCCAGCAAGCGACAUCAUUACGACUCAAUAGAAAGUCAUCACGCUAGGGCGUCGCAUCAUUCUCUCGAGCAUCAUCGGGACCGAGCGUCCUCAGGACGACAGUCGGGCUUCUCGAGUUUCAACAGCAGAAGUAGCAGUUGUUCCUCUUCUAGCAAUCCUCCGCCGCAAACUGAAAAACCAAACUCGGGACCUCCCAUAAACAUAAAUAUAAAUGUCUUCAACUUAAUUACGUCGGAUGGCGGUGAAAACGUGGUCCCUGUGAAGCUUUCUGAUGUCACCAGCAAUGUGCUGAGUUCAGUGGUAACUGAUCAAACAGAAACUGCUACUAAAAUAGCGAAGUUAUUCCAAGACAAAAACUCCUCGGCGGAACCACCAACAGGGACCUCAGCUGCCAGUUCUACAUCUAUUCCUAGGACACCAAGUGAUCCAUCGAAACCUACGCAGCACGGGCACAUAGGAGUACCGAAUCAGUCGGUCAUAGCUGACGAUCAUGACUAUUUGCGACAAUUCAUUGCCCCUGAGGAUAGUCAAGAGAAGUUCAAGUGCAACGUCUUGGGCUGUUUCAAGUCGUACGAGAGCAAGGGGAAUCUGAUGCGACAUAUGCAGGACAAGCACGCCAACUACACCUUCAGAUGUCCCAAGUGUCCCAAACAGUUCCCGAGGGCGGGAAACCUGAAGACGCACAUGUGCACCACACACAAGAUAGUACACUUCUACCUCUGCGCUGUACCACAAUGCCAAGCUAACUUUGGGUGCGAGGAGGACUUGAAGGAGCACAGGAGGAUGCACGUGAUCAAUGACACCUUCUACGUAUGUCCUGUGACCACGUGCAACUUCAAGAUCAGAUUCAACGACAAGAGCGCCAUGAAAAUACAUCUCCAAACAGCACACAGAGACAAGCUAGAUGGGUUCCGAGUGGAAGAUCUGGACAGACUGCUUCAGAACCUCACCAUGCAUCACUUGGUCAACGGAAGACUCAUUCCAGUGCAGUCAUAGCACAGCUGACGUCCACGAAACGAACAGACGCAACAUUCUAGAAUGAUCUAGAAUAAUCUCCUACUCUUUCGUGUCAUUAUCUGCCCUUGUUUUGUGCAUGCUUUAUCGUGUCUCCCGGGUCGAAAGAUCAAGUGGUCGAGUCAUUCAUUCCUUGUAUAUGAAAUAGCUGCUCUAAAAAGUGGCAGUUUAUCUCGUUAUCCUGUUGCAAUAAAACGGUGCUCUCAAAAGAUUUCAGCGCCAGGAACUGAAAGGGAUCAAGCUUCAACCAUGUGGGUCAGAAAACUCAGAUCAGAAGAUAGGCUUCAUUGUCGUUAGGACAGGCGAAAAAAUGAGACAAAACUGAAAAAACUCAUGAAGUGCCAAAUUUGAGAUGAAUAAUUGAUGACGCGAUGUUUCUGAAGCGACAAAAAGGGCAAAAUGGAGUAAAGUAAAAUGUGUAUAAUGUUAUGCUAACCUGUUUGCGCUGCGCUAGUUAAUAUUCUCGGCACAAAUUAUUUUUGAUAUGUAAAGUCUUCUGCAAUAUUUAUAGUUCUAGUUUUCUAUUCUGUUAUAUUGAAUCAAACUUGGCAAUUAGUAAUUUUUUGAACAAUUUUUAAAAUUCUUAACUUGAUGUACAAUAAGAGCUCUGCUUGCUCUGGUCUCGAAUAGGGCGUUAGAUUUUAAAGAAGGUGUUCAAAAAUUUGAUCAAAGAAACAGUUUAUAGUAGUGUUCUAAUCCAGCUGUUAUUGAUUCUAAAAAGGCAGGAAACGAUAAAUUGUGUCAUUUCGAUGUUGCUACUAGGUUAGUUUUUGCCGUUUAGAAAUUGCUGUGCGAUAUUAGUUGGUAGUUGCUGAUGAUUUAUUUAUGAAUUCGAGCAUUAAUUUGUACUUGACCCAAAUAGUAAAUACAAUUUAAUUUAACUUUUAUAGUUUGAAUGGUAUAGUUAAGCAAUAAUCGCAAAACUGGAACU